AUGGACGAGAAACCACGCAAUGGCCAAAGCAUCAAGAUACAACGAAGGAAAGUGGUUUUCUCCACCAACUCCACCUCAUCUGCAUCGCAAAGUCUUAUUAAUCAAGCAACAAAGAUGAAAAACACAAGGAUCAAAGAAAUCAGAAAGCGUAGGAGAGAUUUGUUUAUGAGAAUAAAUUAUACUCAUACCAUCACUACGGUAGUUUUACCACUUUUAAUGCUAGGUUAUAUGCUAUAUUUUAAAGAAAGUAUACUACCUGAGAACCAAAGUACUUUAUAUUUCACCAUUGUAUACUACAAUAUCACCAUGUUGGCAUUCACUGCCGGCUAUCAUAAGUAUUUCGCUCAUAACUCAUACAAGAUCAAGUUCACCUUGUUGAAGUAUUAUUUUGCCAUUUUUGGUAGUAGUUGUGGUUUGGGCUCAAUUAGAUGGUGGGCUUCCUUACAUCGAGCACAUCAUCAUUUCCCAAAUGAUACCGAACGAGAUCCAUAUCUGAUCAAGCGGGGUUUGUUAUUUAGCCAUUAUGGAUGGUUGUUGAAGAAACCGAGGGCAGUUAAAUUUUAUAAUGAAUUUAUUGAACAAGAAUUUCCUCAAAACAUUGAUGAGGCUAGACUUUCGCAGGACAUAAAACUUGAUAAAGAGCAGAGAGAAGCGUUUGGGCUUCGAGAUGAAUUCGAUAAUGAUAGUGGGGAUGAAGAGGAAGAAAUUGAGUUUAAGGACUCUUAUGAUGAGAAUAUGAGGAAUUUAUUAAAUUGGCAAGAAAGGACAUAUAUAAUAUGGUUUGCAGUUACCACUAUCUUUAUCCCAAUUUUGGUGACUAGGCUAUUCUGCCAUGAUACAACAAUACACGGAUUAAUAUACCCGGGCAUAUUUCGAAUGUUUUUAUGUCAACAAUCACUCCUCACAACUGAAUCGUUAUGUCAUUUGAAGCAAAUACAAGUUACGAUCCCAUCACAACCAUUCAGUGAUAAAAACUCUUCCCAAGAUUGUCAAAACCCAUUAAUGGCAUUACUCACCUAUGGUCAAUCACAUCAGAAUUAUCAUCAUGAAUUCCCACAUGAUUAUCGGAGCAACAAUGCUUAUCUCACUUACGAUCCGACAAAAUGGUUUAUUUGGACGUUGGAUAAAUUGGGGAUAGUUUGUGAAUUAUGUCGAACACCAGAUAAUUUGGUUGAACAUUUACGACUUCAACAACAACAAGAAAGACUUAAUCGCAUACGAAGUCAAUUGAAUUGGGGUACACCAAUAUCCAAACUACCUCUAAUAACACCUCAAGAUUUUAAACGCACCAUAGAGUCAUCCUCAAAUAAAGACCGUAUUUAUAUCGUUAUUCAAAAUAUCAUUCAUGAUAUCACACCAUUCAUGGAUCAACAUCCAGGUGGGGUUCAAUUGUUGAAAGCAUCACAUGGUAAAGAUGCCACUAGAGCAUUUUAUGGUGGCGUUUAUGGACAUCUGACGGCAGCAAUUAAUUUAUUGGCCACUAUGAGAAUAGGAAUAUUGGAUAAUGGGAACGAUGAAGAAGUUUGGACUAGAGUGGUUAAAGAAGAAGGUGAAGUUAGGGAAGUUUCAGAAUCACGACAAGGUGGUGGUUCAAAUGAGUAUCGUACUGCUGAAGCUGCAUAA